AUGCCCCGCGGAACCCUCUCCCUCACCGGCACCACCGCCGCCAUCCCCAUCUUCUCCCCGCCCUACACCAACACAACCCACAAAUUCUCCGACAUCUCCAUCGCCGCCAUCUCCUACCGCGUCUCCCACGCCAGCGUGCAGCACCUAGUCCCAGACGUGCUCGAGCUCGAGCCGGAGCCGCUCGUCACGACGCUCUUCGUCCGGUACGGCAUGAGCACGGUGGGCAGCUACAACGAGUUCGUGCACCAGGUCGAAGUCACGUACGAAGGGGAGAAAUACAACUACAGCCUCGUGCUGAUCCUGGACAACGAGGCCGCCAUCUUCGCGGGGCGCGAGGCCUUCGGCUUCCCCAAGGUCUUCGGCCGCACCGACAUCCGCGAAUCCACCGGCGGCCGCGCCGUCGUCGGCCACGUCGAGCGGCCGGUGGGCGAGCGGAUUGUGGAUUUCGAGUUCUUGCCCGAGGAAUUGCUGAAAGGAACAGAGCCGCAGGCGCCGAAGAGGCGGACGCUGAAUCUCCGUGUCGUGCCGUCUGCGGAUCCGGCGAAGCCGCCGGCUGUGAAGGAGUUCGUGCCUGUGUAUAUGGAUAUGGAGUUCAAGGAUGUGUGGGUGGGGAAGGGCAAUGUUUCUUUCUUGAAAAAGUCUGCGAUCAACCCGUGGGCCAAUAUGAACAUCCUUCGGUAUGAGGGCGCCUCUUAUGCCACGGGAGGCACGGCGGUCCUGCAAAAUCCAACGGAAGCUUUUCCGCUUUAA